AUGUCCAAGGCAAUUGAUCGAGACCCCUCGCCGCCUCCCUACACAGAGAGCGCUCAGCCAUCGCACGAGCACGUCCCGCCAUAUGAAGCACCCUCUUAUGGCGAAACAGCAGACGGCUCUAAAAAUAUUCAAAGCGCCACUAAUUUUCCGCCCGUUUUGAAUGGCUACUUCCAAUGGAAAAUAACCAGGACAUUCCACUUGGGACCCUCAGCCGAGGAGAAAUUUAUUUGCGUUCGUGUCGACAAAUGGGGUCGGACUAGGCCAGCCACCAUCACUCUUCCCGCCCGCCCUGGUAGCCCCCACGUGGGGCCUAUUGAGGAACAAUUGAUGCCAUCAUCGAAGGGUUCUUUCUCUGCUUCGUCAACCUGGGCUUUUGAAGUUGGUGCGACUGGCAAAGAGAGCACGCGGGGACGUUUUGAAUGGCGUAGUAGCCAUGGCAAGGAAAUUAAAGACCUCGCUACUGGUCUCUCUCAUGGUUGGAAGUUGGUUUGGGUGUCUGGCCCCGGAGCCUCGGCUGGCGGGAGCAGGAAAGACAGAGUCGCGGGUCUUACUAGCGAUGGGUUGGAAGUAGUGGCUAUCAUUGCUCAUAAUGCUUCAUUCAGCAUGACAAAGGGAUUCAGAUUUGCUUUCAUGGGUGCUGGGCUUACUGGAAUAUUGGGGAAAGCCUGGGAGAUUGCAACACUCUCUUCGGCUUUGAUGCUGUGGUACUCGGAUGUUCAAAAGACGGCUGCAGCGAGCGCCGUGGCCGCAUCCGCUUGA